GUCCGCCGCUGUCAAAUCGAAUUAGCGUUUUGAGUUACGAUUCGCGAAUAUUUCACGAGAAAAAGCUUUUUGCUGAAUUAGUUUCGCGUUAUUACAUUGAUUUGUUAACGUCACAAGUGAUAUCGAACACGAAACGAAGCUUGGGACUCAAUAACUUAGCUCGGUCGGAGUUAUCCUGCAGUCAUAGCAGGGGGACAGACAUCUAUUUUUGUUUUGUAGCCCAGUUUUAAUGUAAAUAUUGUUUUUACUGUCGCAAUGCUGCAGCGGUCUGGUUUUCAUUUUUUUCAUUUGCAUCCAGCCAGUUAACCGUUGGACCGGAAAGUUGCGAUUCUAUGCUGAAACUCUUUCGAAAUAUUUCGCCAGUGCUUCAAAAACAUUCAGUCCAAAAUGAGAUCGAUAGCGAAAACACGAGUGUUCUAUUAAAAAGUAAACAAAAAAAAGUUUAGUGUCAGUGCAAAUUCAAAAUUCAAAUUUGGAGUUUUCUAAAUUGAAUAACUAGUGAAGUGCAUUGUGUUAAAAUUGGUGAAAAAACUAACUAAAUGGCAUUUUUGAAAGUGAAAUUGCUAUAUUUUAGUGUUUACCGACCAUGAGAAGGGUGUUCGGCGUCUGCUCCGAUGGAUGGAUGCUCUGUGGUCACAAUGUGAGCAGUUAGACCUAGCGGCAUAGAUGUUGUCUGGCUCCCCUCACGGUUCGGUGAUGUCUUGUCAGUCGCUCGCAGCGCGGGCGUUCGCCGAGCCGGAGCGAGACAGCAUGACGCACAGCGCGGGCUUCCACAGAUCAGUCAGAUUCAGCUCGGAGUCCAGGAGUUCAACCAGAGCGUCCACCGAGCAAGAAUGUAAGCGAGAAACACCUGGCUCAAUAUCCCUGACGGCGUUGACCAUGACGCCGGUGACGUCACAGACAUCAGCCAUGAGCCAGUCGGCGCCGCCCGCGUCGGCUACCUUCGAUUUGACUGACAACCCCGCGCCGCCGCCCUCUUGUCGUUUCCCGAAACUAGAAGAGUGCGCUCAUUUCCACUACGAGAGGGUGUCGCUCGGAGGACUGAGCAUCGAGACCGUGCCUUGCGAGGACUCCGACCCAGGGGAAGGUUGGAUCUGCCUCAAAGUGCGUUCACACGUGACGUCAUCGGACGAGUCGGCGCGACCUCUAUCGACAAGCUGGAGCGCUUCCGGUGACGUCUGCGAAUGGACCCUCACACGCAGUCGCACGCACUUCCGGCAACUCGACACUAUGCUGCACAGGUGCAUAUACGACCGCAAAGUGUCCGGCCUCCCCAACCUGUCCGAGGAGCUAUCGAGCGAGGACGACGAGCACUACCACCGGCUCAUAGCGCACUACGCGCACCACCUGUCCAUCAUCGCCGACGACUCGCUCAACUGCGGGCCCGUGCUGAACUGGCUGCAGAUGGACAAUAAAGGUCACAAACUACUGGUGGCGAACGAAGACUCCAGCUCGAUAAACACUCCAGCUGUAGCAGCCGCUUACUCCGUCAGGAAAUAUGUGUCGCAGGCACGGGACGAAAUAAGCUUCGAAGUUGGAGAUAUGAUCUCCAUCAUCGAUAUGCCGGGUCCCCAAGAGUCCCUAUGGUGGCGCGGCAAGCGCGGAUUCCGAGUGGGAUUCUUCCCGCACCAUUGCGUAGCUGUGAUCGGAGAUAAAGUGCCCAGACAUAUGACGCAACCGCCGCCUAUAGUUGGAUCCGUAGCAGUAGCCCCAGUGAAACCAGUCCUUCGGAAGCAUGGCAAGCUGAUCAGUCUGUUCCGAUCGUUCAUCCUGUCUCGACCCUCCCGAAGGAGUUUGAAGCAGCAAGGCAUACUGAGGGAGCGAGUGUUUGGCUGUGACUUGGGAGAACACCUACUGAAUGUUGGACAUGACGUGCCUCAAGUACUAGUCGAGUGCGCCCGCGCCAUCGAAGCCCGAGGCGCAGUGGAUGGCGUGUAUCGUCUGUCCGGCGGGUCGGGGCUCACGCAACGUCUCCGAGCCGCUUUCGACGCCGGAACCGCGCCGGAAUUGACCGCGCCGGCGGUUGCAAGGGACCCCCACGCCGUGCCUAGCUUGCUGAAGAUGUAUUUCAGAGAGCUCCCAAACCCGCUCUGCACGUACCAGCUUUACGAGAGCUUCGUGAGCGCAGUGCAGCAGCCGGACGAGGCCUCCAAACUGAGGGCCGUGAGGGACACCGUGGUCAAACUGCCGCCUCCUCACUACAGGACCCUAGCAUACCUAAUGCGCCACCUUCGCCGCGUGUCCUUACUAGGCGAGAGCACCGGUAUGACGGCGCGGAAUAUGGCCAUCGUGUGGGCUCCCAACCUGCUGCGAAGCCCGAGGCCGCAACACGCUUUGCAAGGCGUCGCUGUGCAGGCGGUGGUGACCGAAUUCCUGAUCUGCUACGCCGAAGACUUGUUCGCUCAGGACCAAGGAGCGGACUCCAGUGACUCCGGGCCUAGCUCUAUCGAAGUGGACAAGAACGAAACUAUCGAAGCGCAAGUGGAGUUACGCGGCCUCGAAUCCGGGAGGCGGCCCAAGAGUCUGCCUCUAAACCCGCCCACUAAGCUACUGAGUCUUGAAGAGGCGCGCCGGCGUGGCAAUCCGGCGGCGUCUCUCCAGUCGCCGCAGCUGCCGCCGGCUUCCGGCGCCAUCGCGGCGGCUGCGCACACUCAGUUACGGCCUUCGUCGCAUCUACGCCCCAAAUACAUCGAACCUGUUAUUCCGGCGGCGUCUCUCCAGUCGCCGCAGCUGCCGCCGGCUUCCGGCGCCAUCGCGGCGGCUGCGCACACUCAGUUACGGCCUUCGUCGCAUUUACGCCCCAAAUACAUCGAGGUCGGGUCAGGCCCCAACAAUCUACCUCAAUACCACACGGUGCUUGACCUACCUAUACCGGGCAAACGCGGCGUCAAAAGGUCUCCUUCGGGCUGGCGGGGACUAUUCUCUCGCUCCAAACAGCGGCCCACCGUGCACGCACCUCUACCGCCUGUCACACCACCCGCUACCACACAGGAGCCCACAGCGCUAGCAGUGAACGGUCUACGUCCAGUAAAGUCGUGCGAGUCGUUGACAUCUGACACCGACACCUUAGCACCGCUUGCUGUGCGUCCGCCUGCGCCACUCAAACAACAUACAAGACAAAAGGGUCAGUUAGAAAUAGGCUACAUCGACCUGGAGUCGCCGCGAGCGCGCGCUCCCGCCGCGGAGAAACGGGCGCCCCGCCCGCCCUCGCCGCCCUCCCCGCCGCCCCCGCGGGCCGAACGAAAACGGUGCCUCCCAAAUACUGGCGAGCGCUCCAUGGCGCCCACAGAUGCUAGAUGCGCCCCACAGAUGCUAGCGAGCCCCACAAAUGCUACUGGGCGCCCCUGGUGCUCCUCAGAUGCUAGUGGGUGCCUCCCAAAUACUGGCGAGCGCUCCAUGGCGCCCACAGAUGCUAGAUGCGCCCCACAGAUGCUAGCGAGCCCCACAAAUGCUACUGGGCGCCCCUGGUGCUCCUCAGAUGCUAGUGGGUGCCUCCCAAAUACUGGCGAGCGCUCCAUGGCGCCCACAGAUGCUAGAUGCGCCCCACAGAUGCUAGCGAGCCCCACAAAUGCUACUGGGCGCCCCUGGUGCUCCUCAGAUGCUAGUGGGUGCCUCCCAAAUACUGGCGAGCGCUCCAUGGCGCCCACAGAUGCUAGAUGCGCCCCACAGAUGCUAGCGAGCCCCACAAAUGCUACUGGGCGCCCCUGGUGCUCCUCAGAUACUACGCGUGCUCCCGCCGCAGAAAAAAGGGCGCCCCGCCCGCCCUCGCCGCCUUCCCCGCCGCCCCCGCGGGCAGAACGAAAACGGAUAUGCAAAGACCGCGACAACGCGACUCCACCGCUCGCCGACACACAAACAUCACUGGGAAACGUGAAAAUGAGAGAGCGGCCCUCCCCCCGAAAGGCCCCGCCCUCGGCUCGCUACAGCGGCCUCCACCAACCUUUAGCGUUGCCACCGCGUCUGAGCUGGCCCGGCAAAGACCAUUCCACCCUCAUCAAGGUGGACUGGCCUCCAGACUCCUCGUCUACCAACCUCACUGCUAGCACUUUGAAUUCUAGUCCUGCUACGCCCUUAACACCUUUAUACGACCCGUUGGAAAGCGACUCUGAAGUCAGCGAAACGAAUAAACAUACAAUCAAAAUAGAAAGCAAAGAAUGCGACAAUUGUGAUCGAGAAAAAUGCCUCAAAUGCGAGCUCAAAGCCACAGAUUAUAGCUCCGAACACAGUCCACUACAUUCCACCGAUAUCAGCUACCAGAACUUAAAUCGUCUGUCCGCUGUGUCGACGUCGUCCAACUCUGAACCGUCUAAAAAAGACGCGAGCUACGAAAACUGUGACGUCAUGAAGGUUAUGACAUCAUCGCAUGAGAGCUCGUCCAGUUAUUCCAAUGCGAGCUUGAAACAGGAGGACUACGAAACCUUUAAUUUCACGCGACCAAAUUACAUAAAUUUGCAGUCGUCUAGCACGUCUAAAAGUUCGCCUGGUUCACCCUUGAAAAGUCCGCUAAAAUCUACAAUAAGCAUAACGUUCCGAUCGCCGACGAAAUCCAAAACACCGGAUUACGAACCUAUAGACAAUAUAGAUACGCCAACUAACGAUAGGGACUCUGUGUACGAAGACAUAGAUUUGGAAAAGAAUCUGUCUAUAGUCGAAGAGGCGACAGUUCCAGAAACGGACGCAAGUCUUCCCACACAACAAGCGUGUCAGCCUGACUUCAAAGAUCUGAUCAUCCUUGAAACACCUACUGACCAAAACGAUGUCUACAGCCAAGUUAAGUUCUUCAAAAAGAGCAUAGAAGAAGUAAACGCUCUGAUCUUUGAGUCACCAGAGAAGGAGGCAGAAGAAAACGCUAUUAUGUUCGAAUUCCCAGAAGAGAAACGACAUUAUGAGAAUGUAUCUUUCAGUGGCAGUGUUGAAAAGGAAUACGAGAACAUUAAUGUUGAUACUUUAAAAAUCUGUGAUAAGAGUCUCGUGGAAAUCGACAAUGGUAUCAAAGAAGAAGAAAAAGACAAUGGCAAUAUAAUCAAAGUUUCCAAUUUAAACGUUAGAGAGUUGGCUAACAGAUUCGAAAGCCCUACUGAACAGAAAGGACCGUUCACUUUUGAGAAGUUUAAAGCAGAAAUCAAGUAUCCAAGUUUAGAAAGGAAGGAGGAAGAUAAGAAAAUAAACGUGGAAGUAAGAAAAAAAGAUUUAACAGUCAAAUUGCCGCCUCCAGUGUCGCCGAAAACUUAUAAAUUGAACAAAAACUCGUGCAACGCUCGAUCUUUAGACGAAAACGCGUUCGUAAAAGAAUUCGGCAACGAAAAGUCUUAUGUCGACCGAAGAAAAAGUCUCGAAGUCAGAGACGCGAAGAAAUCGCCGAAGUUCUUACCCGAUCUAAAUCUGAAUAUGGAGGAGAACACCAAAAUCGAACCGGUCACUCCUACCACCGAGAACAAAAUAUCUUUAGUCCAACGGUUCAACGAGAAACGACCUACGGAACUAAAGAACUUAAUUAACUUCGAUUCGGACAAGAAAUUGAGCAGAGAACGUAUAGAGAAGUAUAAAGAAGAAAGGAGAAACUUUUUAAGAGAGAAAUACAGUUCGCAGUCUUUUAGAAGCAGUCCGGAGCAACUAACUAGGAUAAAAAUAAAGAAAGAUAUGGACAAAAUUGAGUCUUGUGAACGAUUAAAAGAAGAAUUGCCUAGAUUUGAGAGGAGAAAUACAGUGGAUCUAGGUCAGAGGAUGAGGUUCUCUUUGGCUAGAAGUACUAAUAAUCUAGACACAAUCAAUUCGCCCACUAGUCCUGAUAGCAUAGAGAGGCGAGAGGGAGAAAGCAGUAAAAGAGAGAGAGAGAGCGCAGCGCGCAGGGAGUUUGACAGAAAAGAAAAGGUGUCCCCAUCCUACCACAUCCGUGAUAUGGCGGCUCUCUUCGAGCAGAAGACCGGCGGCUGACGCGAUGGACAGACGGUGCGGUAUCGUUACACUUAGAUAUGUUUCUAACCCUUGUUCCCUUGGCUUAAGGUCCGAAAAUGAAUGCUAAGGACUUGCUGUCUUGAGUAAGGGUUUAAGUAUAGUUGAAAUGGUCGAAUUUGUCAACUAAAUAUUAAGUUAACUUUUUAAAAUUCAAAUUCAUUUCAUUUAUUUGCAUUACAUAUGGGUAAAUAAUUACCUAGUAGUUUGACGUAGUCAUCAGGUCAUAUAGUCUCCACUGCAGUAGUACGACCCUCUAAUUUACCAGAGGCAAGAGGAUUUGUCCUACGCUCCCCAGUUUGAUUAAUUUCGUUGCGAGUCCAAUGACAGUUUAACUUUCCCCCGGGACAAACUUGGCCUUCACUGGUUGGGUUAUUGGCGGUCAAGCUGUAGAUCCUGGCUACACAGGAGUUGCAGCGGUGGGAACGAGAGGUGGGAAUAGUCCCCUUUUGCAUAUAAGAUUUUAUUGACAUCAUAGCGUGGGAAAUAUUAUUGCAAUGUCAAUUUGUGAUAUUGACAUGUUCGGCCAUUUUAAUAUACGAUGCAAAUCAAAAUGGCGACUUAGAAAUAGUUGUAUGACAAAGUAUGGAUCAUAAAAGUGCUUUUAAAAGAAAAUUGACCGUAUUUAGCUUACAAAUAUAUUUAUACGCCCAAUUUUUGGGCAUUCCAAGGUUCUAAUGUAACAUCGUACCGCAUCAAAAUGUGUUCAGCAAUAAUCCUUUCAAUGUAUCGUGGAAUUUUUUGUGCUUCUUGGUGCAUUUCAAUAUCAAAAUUUAUACGUAUUAAAUAUUCAUACCAAAAAAUGCCUCUGCGCCAUCCCACAAUAUUGUUAUGUAUAAAUAAUAUAAUUAUUAAUAAUUAUUAUUAAUGACAUGUACAGUCAGCAAAGACGAGCAUCUCAUAAAAAUAAUCUCAGUUUUUCUUUUCAAAAAGUUUUGCUGCUGUACAUGCUAUGUUAAGUUGUUACGUUGUCUUAUUUAUUAUUAUUUUUUACUCUCUAUUAUUAAUAAUUACGUUUAAUAACCAUCACACAAAUGUUUAGUAUUAUUUUUUAUAUUGUCACUUAAUACUCCCAUAAUAUUAGGGUUGAAUGGUUAAUGUACCGAUAGCACAUUAAGUUAAAAUUUUGACAACACAACCUUGUUCCAAUUGUAACAAAGACGUGCUGCGAAUUUUUUGGCUACUUUGGGUGUCACGAACUAUUUGACGCUGGCUGUAGCAUAUUAACUAUAGUCUGGUCUGCGAGCACGUAGAAUUUUGUCCAAUGACCCCAAGCUACCCAUCCUUAUCGCUCGCGCGUAAUUAUGUUACUAUCGCGCUCGCACACUCACUGCGGGCGCGCGUCGCACAGUCGCGACAGCAAUAUAAUUACGCGCGAGCGAUAAGGAUGGGUAGCUUGGGGUCAUUGGACAAAAUUCUACGUGCUCACAGACCAGACUUUAGUUGAUCUACGCUUGAUGUGCUGUCGAAUGUACAGUCGCGUUCACAUGUGUAUAACAUUGACGUCUUUUUUAAUCAGAAUCAAUUUUUUGACGAAGUUUCGUGAAUAAAUCGACUAGAUAUCGGGGGUUUGAUAAAUAAAGCUAUUAUGAAGUUAUAAAAUCAAAAAUAUUUUUAGUAUGUAGGCGCUUCAAGUUAUAAGUGCUCUUGCCUUUUGCAGAUUUUUUCUGUACUGUUAAUUGUGAAAAACGUUAAAAUAACGUUAUCGUUAUAGCCAAUGAGCUGUCAUAGUGACAGUGACGUAAUGUCAAUGUCACACUAGAAACGGUAGAUUAGGGGGACGCGCGUUGACGACUCCCUGCGCUUUUGUGCUAAGUGAUGAAUUGUAUUUAAAAAUGAGGCAAUAUAAUGUGAAAGUUAAGUAUCCAGUGUUUUAUUUAUGAGAAUACGUCUACCGACCGUUAACAGUAUUUUUUUUUCCACCCAUAGCAGUUUGUUUUACCCAUUCUGGAACACCCUGUAUAGCUUCAUUUGUCAGAUACCCGAUAUCAAGUAUUUAUUUGGAAACAAAAUGUUCACAGCAAUUGCGC